UCCGCGUGACGUUAGGCCACGUGACGCGGAUGCCGCGGAUGCCGCAGAGGCCGAGGCCGUCGCUGCCGGAGAGACCCCGGUGAGCCCAGACCCCGGCCCGGCCAUGCUGUCCCGCCUGCUGAAGGAGCACCAAGCGAAGCAGAACGAGCGCAAGGAGCUGCAGGAGAAACGGAGGCGAGAAGCCAUAGCUGCUGCGACCUGCCUGACGGAAGCCUUGGUGGACCACCUCAAUGUUGGUGUGGCCCAGGCCUAUGUCAAUCAGAGGAAGCUAGACCACGAAGUGAAGACUCUCCAGGUCCAGGCCGCACAGUUUGCCAAGCAGACAGGCCAGUGGAUUGGGAUGGUGGAAAACUUCAACCAGGCACUCAAGGAAAUUGGAGAUGUGGAGAACUGGGCUCGGAGCAUUGAGCUAGACAUGAGGACAAUUGCCACAGCUCUGGAAUAUGUCUACAAGGGGCAGCUGCAGCCAGCCCCCUCCUAGCUCCUUCCUUUCUCCUCCACAGCUACUCAGCUGGCAGCUCGGUCACUGAGCUCUCUGGCAUCUCUUCUGUCCCUUGUUUUCUUGGCUAACCAGGGGAAGGGGAGGUCAGCAGGAUUCCCAAUAAAGCAUGAGUGUCUGGCCACA